CCGCCGCCCUCACCCACUUAAGCAAGCAAAAUGAGAAGUAUUACCCCAACAAAGCUAAACACAGCCACCAUCACCACCACAAACACAUUAGCACCAACAGCCACAACAUCAUCACCAUCCACAAUUUCUUCUCAUCACUCCCCAUGGCACUCUCCAAUUCCCUACCUCUUUGGAGGCCUUGCCACUAUAAUGGGUCUCAUAGCCUUUGCGCUCUUAAUGCUUGCUUGCUCCUAUUGGACACUCACAAGGUCCUUAGACACCAAUUUGGAGAACAACAACAACAAAGAGGGUGGUGACCAUCGAAAGAAGGUACCCAUCAAGGACUACGAGGACAAGAUCCUGGUCAUCAUGGCCGGGGACCAAAAACCCACUUUCUUGGCCACACCUGUAUACCCCAACUCAUCUUCUUUUGCACACUCUGUUAGUACCAACCACCACAAAGACCUAGGAAAUUCUCAGGAUUGUGACAAGUCCCAGAAAGAAAUUGUGGACAACCAUGUCAAUUCAGCUGUCACACAAGAAAAUGCAAGUUCCCAACAUCAACAACAUAGCCAGCUGUCAGAAAUUUUAUAGGUUAAUA